AAGCAACAGACAAUAUGGUGAAGCAGCUUUUGAUUUUAAUUCUAACAUUAUCAGUUAUUCCUGAUGUCAAAUCUGCCGGAGCAGGAAAAACUUGCAAAUCUGUACUUGAAAAGGUAAAAGGCAUAAAGGCAAGUAUUGAGAACACUCUAGAUGAUGAACUGAAGUUAUUCCACAAGGGUUUGGCCAACCUUACAAAAGCUGGAGGUGAAGAUGGAAUGCAAUGCCUCAACUCUAGUCUCGAAGAACAAGUUGCAACCAUGUUGGAACAUGCACUCGAAAAUAUUCAACUUGGGGAAACAGAUCUCGAUAAGAAUUGCCCGUCAACUGGUUCAACUAUGGAUGACAUCAUCAAAAGUUUAAUCCGAGAAGAGGUCAGCAAAAUUCGAAUUCCGACUGGAACUAACACAACUUGUGGAAGCUCAGUUUAUGUUCAAAAUCAACUGAGAAACAUCCUUGAAAAAAUCAGUAAGAUACCAACAACACCAGCGACUGGAGGAGGCAAUACAGGUGGCAUUACAGAUGAUAACGUUGAUGACAUAAAGAACCUACUAAGAGAAGAAAUGAUCAUCAUAGAAAAGGGUUUGAAUGAAAUCAAAGGUGACUUUAUUCCUUGGAAUCAUCAUCCACGAACGCAUCUUUUAGCUAACGUGGCUCUUAAGAAACCAGCCAGCCAAUCGUCAUCUCAAAAUUGGGGCACACGACCAGGAAUAGCUUCCCUUGCCGUUGAUGGAGAUGAUUUUCCCGAGUACCACAGGGGGAACUGUAGCAGGACAAAGGCAGAGUAUACCCCACAUUGGCAGGUUGAUUUGAAGCAACAGUUCCUCAUCAAAGCUGUUGAAAUUGUCUACAGAACUGAUGAAUUUAAUGAUCUAAUGAAGGAUUUCACGAUAAGUGUCAGUAAGGAUGGGUCCAGAUGGGAAAGUUGUUUAGAGUUCAAGGGGUCUCAAAGCUACUUUGUACAGACCUAUCAUUGUAAAGAGUUCCAUUCUGGGAGAUUUGUAAGGAUUGGAUUCAACCUACUAACUGAUUCAAGAGGAACCCCAAAGAAGCGAGAAUUGUUGAUGUGUGAGGUGUUUGUUCGGGCUACUACCCUGAAUGAGCUAGAACAACUAGAAAAAGUUUUGAACUGUGAAUGGAAGGAGGAGCCACUGGUACCCUGGACUGUUCAUCCACCUGCAGUUAUCCUAGCAAAUGUUGCUAGGGGUAACCCGGCAGUCCAAUCAUCUUCGCAGAAUUGGGGGACACGUCCAGGUAUAGCCAAUCUAGCAGUAGAUGGCGAUGAAUUUGCUUCAUAUACAAGAGGUAACUGUAGUAGAACGAAGGUUGAAUUAGAGCCAUGGUGGGAAGUAGACUUAAAACAAAGGUUCCUUGUAAAGGCAGUGGAGAUCGUUUUCAGAGAUGAUGGGGGAGUUCUGAACGACUUCACAAUCGGUGUCAGCGAGGAUGCCUCAAUCUGGAAAACGUGCUUGAAGUUUGACGGAACUCAGAGCUACAUACGACAAACAUACCACUGCGAAUAUUUCCAGACUGGGCGAUACGUGAGAAUCAAAAUGCACCCUUUGAAAAAAGCUUCUGGAGCACAGAUAAUGAGGGAAAUGAUACUUUGUGAAGUUCUUAUGAGGGCUUC